CUUACCCCGUGGCAAGACGUUUCUACUUUUCGGCACAUCUAUAUCUUCUACGUGGCACUGCAGAGGCUGAUAUUCUCAAGCUUGAAGUGGAACAUCAUGGACGUCUUACAAAUGCUGGUUGUCGUUGGACUGACCCUUCUGAAAUUUGUACAGGGAGGUGACUUGACCAUUACGAAUAAAGUGUAUUUCGACAUCACAAUUGAUGGCGAGGAGGCUGGGCGGAUCGUAUUCGGUCUGUUUGGAGAUACAGUUCCCCUGACAACAGAGAACUUCGUCCAAUUGGCCAGUCACGCUAAUGGUUACGGCUACAAAGGAAGCAAGUUCCACCGUGUGAUUAAAGACUUCAUGAUCCAAGGUGGAGAUUUCUCCGCGGGUGACGGAACCGGAAGUAAGAGUAUUUACGGGAAAUAUUUCGCCGAUGAGAACUUUAAACUUGCCCACUAUGGAGCUGGAUGGGUCAGCAUGGCAAACGCAGGAGUUGACACAAAUGGAUCCCAAUUUUUCAUCACGUGCAAAGCAACCAAAUGGUUGGACGGAAAGCAUGUUGUUUUCGGGAAGAUUCUGGAGGGUAUGAAUGUGGUCAGAAAGAUAGAAAACCUUGACACCGAUGUGGACGCCCGCGACAAACCUUACUCAGAUGUAAUCAUUUCGGAAUCUGGAGUCAUUGACGUGGACUCUCCAUUUGAUGUAGAAACAGGACCUGUUGACUGACAAAUAAUUCAAAACAAAUUAGCACAACUCAAGUUAAAAAUGGUUCUUUUAAAGAAAAUGAGUUUUUAAACAUGGAAGAGACUUGGUCGAUGAUGUAGAUGUAUUUGAGGCUGGUAAACGUGUAUGUGAUGUCAGUAUGUGGAUAAAGAUCUGGAAAUAUGAAGUAAAAUUAUUGAUUAAUGUAUAAAUACCUCUGUACCUAAAUCAAAAUGUAUCUACGGAAAAGUUUAUUUUGAAGUCCCUGGCUAUUGUUUCAUUGAGAUUAUAUUCAUUUUAUAUUGUUCUUUAGUUUUAUAAUUUUGUUAAUAGUUGUUAAGAGGGAGUUAUCUCCCUUGAAAAGUUCGCGUGGGUUAAACCGUCCAUUACAUGGGUAGAUGCGAGUGUGCAAAAAUAUACUGACACAACUGAUGAUCGCCUGAUAUUAAAGAAGGAGGGAUUAUUUUAACACUUUGAUAAUGUGGUCACUAUGCUGGACACGGAGAUUGUGCAUGUUUUUUCAGUCGUAAGAUUGGGAUGUCCCCUAUGCGAGGAGGCCUCAGUCGCCAAAAAGGGAAAUAACUCUUAUCGACCUCAAAUCCAAAAUCAUUCCAAGCAUUCUGUGAAAAGAUCCACCUUUGUCGUACCUGUUUAGAUAAAAAUAAAAAACUCAUAAAAAUGUCUUAAAAUACAUGUUUUCCCAAAUGUUUAACUGAAAACGUCUUAAAAAUUUACAUUUUUUUCCCCUCAGCCACCAGCCUCUUUCUGACUUCCCUAGAUGGAAGUUUUGAUUGCACAGCACAGGAGCAAGCAAAACAAUUUAUUUUAAUUUCAUCCCAUCACUUUACCUACAUGUGUACAUCAUUUUACUCAGUGAGUUUCUUUCAAGCACCAAGUAUUUUUACACAAACAUAAACUAUUGUUGUUACGUAGGUUUUUGUUUACUCGCUAUCAAUCAAAACAGUACUUUUGACGAGUUGUGUUCAUACAGUACUCGUUUAUUGUUUUAUAUAUGUAUACACAAGAAGAUAUUGUUUGCAAUAAAAUCAAAUUUUGCUA